AGUCUUCAGUUCAAACUCAGUCAAUAAAGUCGCAGUGCGGAAAAAUAUCGCAGACUCGAGAGUUGAAAACAACAAAUAAUAAGUAGCAUAACUCUCUCUCUGUCGCACUCAAUCAGGCCUGGGCCUGGCAGACUGUGUGUAAAAUAAAUAAAUCAAAAAACAAAAUUCAAGACAUUAUAGUGAAUUUAAAGUGAAUUAUCAAGUAUAUAUUCGCGUCGCGUUGGAAAAUAUACUUUUUUUUUUUUUUUUGUUUCUAUAAUAAAGUUUUGUCUAAGUGUAAUUCUUUUAGCCAACCAGGUUUUAACUUUAAUUAGACACAUUCCAAAAGCGAUGUCAUAAUGGAGGCAAUGACCAUGCUGGUGUUGGGCUUCCAGUUGCUUGCGCUUUUUUCGAUCGCCGGCGCGCUGCUUAUCUACCUGAUUUGUAAGGUGCGCGAGGAUAGCGCAUCUGCCAAUGCGGAUAGUCAUCCCAGUCGGGUGGUCCUGAUAACCAGUGCGGAUACCGCAUUGGGUCUUCAAUUGUGCACCCAUUUGGCUAACAAGGGUUAUCGGGUUUUUGCUGGAAUGAAAGAGGCCCAAGAUUCGCUACCCGCCAAACUUCUUUGCGGUUGGAUGAAGAUCCGAGAGUACAGUGAGGAACCCAUUGCAGGCACAAUUAUUCCGAUGAGAUUGGAUGUCACCCGAGAGGAUGUGCUUCGCGAGGCCACCGUUAUUAUAGGCGCUAAUCUAAAUGCAGAUGAGCGCGGUAUUGCGGCCGUAAUUAACACUAGUGGCAGUGUUUUCCGAGGCCAGGUUGAAUCGCAGAAUGUCCAGCAGUGGGAACACAUGCUCAGAACCAACAUCCUGGGCACCUUACGUGUGGCCAAGGCCUUUGUGUGUUUUCUCCGUCCGACACGUGGAAGACUCCUUUACUUGGGAGGAGUAAGUGGAGGUGGAAAUGCUCGAAACGAAGGUGAUGGACUGGUUGCCUUUAACGCCUCACGCGUUGCCGUAGACAAGUGUGCCGAAGAGCUGCGCAAGGAGCUGCAUCCCUAUGGCGUCAGUGUGGUCGCUUUGGAUACAUGCGGCAUGACGGCGGAGUCAUUGUACAAGGCACCAGUGGCACAAACCAUGUCCUUGGUCGUUGGGGCUCCUACGCAGUAUACAGCGGACGUGCUCAGUCCGGACGCUCUUCAUGUGAUCGAGCGGGCGUUGUGGGACUAUGUUCCGCAGCAGCGAUAUGCGCUUCUAAGUCAUAACAAAUACCAAUUUGCGUUGCCAUGUCGCUCCUCGCUGCGACUUCAGAGGCCGGUAGCUUCAACAGUCGGCGAGAGCGCCAGUCAGUCGGUUUAAAAUUUGUCUUCUUCCAUUUCCUGUACAUAUGCUCCUGAUCCUGAUCCCAUUUAGUAUAACGCGUCUGAUCCUGCUCCUUUCCCUAAUUUAAUAUUUUUACAAUAUAUUUCGAUUGAUGUUUCUUUUUUCUGUUCUGAGGGCUUUUAUAAUAUUUACUUUUUAAUCGUUUUUGCUCACACUGCUAACGGUGUAAUUGUUGAACGUUAUAUUUAAUGUUAUCAUACAUAAAAAAAUAAAGAUAAUAUAUGUGCUGUCUAUAUAUGUCUGUCC